AGAGUAAGAGACUUCCGUUUCACAGUGCGGCUUUGCAGGUAGGUUGUUCGUUGGUUGGUUGGUUGGUUGUUUGCCUUGGGCAGCCCAAAAUGGCUUUUUCCGUUUCCUCGUUCACUGUUCUUCUCCUUCCUUGCUUCAUUCUCUCUUUUGUGCUCUGCAAUGCCUUUCCUGCCCACCAUAACUUCCCUUUCCACCACCGCCACCCUCGCUUUGCCAGUCACAAUUACAGAGAUGCUCUCACCAAAUCAAUCCUCUUCUUUGAAGGCCAGAGAUCUGGGAAGCUCCCUUAUAACCAGAGGAUCACUUGGAGGGGGAACUCUGGGCUCUCAGAUGGCUCAGCUAUGCAUGUUGAUUUGGUUGGAGGGUACUACGAUGCUGGGGACAAUGUGAAGUUUGGGUUCCCUAUGGCUUUCACCACCACUAUGCUUUCAUGGAGUGUUAUUGAGUUUGGUGGGUUAAUGAAAGGCGAGUUGCAGAACGCCAAAGAAGCCAUUCGCUGGGCUACUGAUUACCUUCUCAAAGCGACUGCACAUCCAGACACCAUUUAUGUCCAGGUGGGUGAUGCUAACAAGGACCACGCUUGUUGGGAGAGGCCUGAAGACAUGGAUACCCCGAGAAGUGUGUUCAAGGUCGAUAAAAACUCCCCUGGUUCUGAUGUGGCAGGUGAAACAGCUGCUGCUCUUGCAGCCGCUUCAUUGGUUUUCAGAAGAAGUGACCCAACAUACUCCCGGCUUUUGGCCAUAAGGGCAAUAAGGGUGUUCGAGUUUGCUGAUAAGUACAGAGGAUCUUACAGUAACGGGUUGAAGAACUUCGUGUGCCCCUUCUAUUGCUCUUUCUCUGGUUAUGAGGAUGAGCUUUUGUGGGGUGCUGCUUGGCUGCACAAGGCCACCAAGAAUCCGGCCUACCUCAGCUACAUUCAAGUUAAUGGACAGACCCUUGGGGCUGCAAAUUUCGAUAAUUUCUUUGGUUGGGAUAACAAGCACGUUGGAGCGAGAAUUCUUCUCUCUAAGGCAUUUCUUGUCCAAAAGGUUCAAUCCUUACACGACUACAAGGGUCAUGCAGAUAAUUUCAUCUGUUCUAUCAUUCCAGGGGCCCCUUUUUCAUCAACCAAAUACACCCCAGGUGGACUUCUGUUCAAGAUGAGUGAUACCAAUAUGCAGUACGUGACCUCCACUUCAUUUCUGCUCUUAGCCUAUGCCAAGUACUUGACAUCUGCCCGCCGGUUUGUUGAUUGUGGUGGAAUCACUGUCACCCCGAAGAGGCUCCGGACCCUAGCGAAACAACAGGUGGACUACCUGCUCGGAGAGAACCCAUUGAAAAUGUCCUACAUGGUGGGGUAUGGUCCAAGGUACCCACGAAGGAUACACCACAGGGGCUCAUCACUGCCAUCGAUUGCUUCACACCCAACCAAGAUCCAGUGCUCCUCGGGUUUCAACUUCAUGAAAUCCCAAGCUCCCAACCCAAACAUCCUGGUGGGUGCAGUUGUGGGUGGGCCCGACAAGAAUGACAGGUUUCCAGAUCAGCGACCCGACUACGAGCAGUCGGAGCCAUCAACUUACAUUAACGCACCCCUUGUAGGCACACUGGCUUAUCUUGCUCAUUCAUUUGGCCAGCUCUAGAGAUCCUUAUAGCUCCAGCUUGUUAGGUGUCUGUUUUAAUUGCUACCUCUAUUACUACAAGUAGUUGCAAGUCUCUGUAUUCCUCUGGUGGUGCACAUGGUAAACUGGUUAUAGUCUCAAGACUGCUCGAGCCCCAAACCUUGAAGCACAAUGGUCAAGGGGUGGAUAUUAUUUAAUACAGUAAUGUUAUUGGCAGUUUUCUUCCAUCGUGCCAGCAACGGCAUUUAUGUGUAAAGCGUGGAGUUUAAAAUCAAAAUAGCAAUGUUCAAUGCGUUGCUUUUUAA